AUGGCGCUUUACGGGAGGCUUUUGCUUUUGCUAACAAUCACCACCGCACUUGAAGUACACAGUCAGAGUGAUUUGCAAUCCGAGAAACGAUAUGCCAUCCUCGACAACGACUGGCUUGCGGUCGGAUUCUUGCCCUUUCUACUUGCCAUGAAAGGGGGCAUGGAAGUGCUUGGCCUAGCUUCAGAUACUGGCAAUUCGUGGCAGAAGCAGUGCGGCUUGCAUGCUCUGGCGAAUCUCGAGGUUGGUAAUUUGAACUGUAUCCCCGUGUACCAAGGGGCGACAUGGCCUCUCCUAAACACGCCCGACCGGUUCCAAGCAUGGGAGUCGGUGCAUGGAAAAGUUCCAUUCCCGGGAGCAUUUGGUCCUCGGAAUAUAACUGCAGAACAACAAGGGAAAAAUCCGGCUUCAGGCGAUCCCGACCGAAUUGUCGAGGAAGCGUUCGUGGAAGGACUGCCAAAUGCCACAUUCAACAAUUCAACAAAUGCAGCGAGUUUUAUGGUUCAGAUGGUACAUAAAUAUCCGCAUCAAGUUUCUAUUUAUGCCGCGGGGGCUUUGACCAACGUUGCACUGGCUGUGCGGAUGGAUCCUUCCUUCGCUACUUUGGCUAAAGAGCUUGUUUUCAUGGGGGGCUAUGUUGAUGUGAAUAUGCUUCAAGCUACUGGCGAUAUGACCCAGGCAAAUAUAAACUCCGAUAUCAACCUCAUGGCUGACCCCGAGGCAGCCAAAAUCGCAGUGACUGCUGACUUUCCUGAAAUCAUCAUUGCUGGCAAUGUAGCCAAUCAAGUGCAUUCCAGUCAGGAAUAUUUGGAUGAGGUAUACCGGGUCAAAUCCCCCUUUACCAGGCUUUUCCAUGAUCACUACGGAACAAAAUUCCCUUUCUGGGAUGAGACCGCCGCAGCCCUGAUGGUUGACCGCUCAAUUGCUCUGGAUACAUCCGAUGUCUAUGCCGAUGUGGAUAUUUCAUACGCAAGUCCAAAUUAUGGGAGUCUCCGCCUAUAUCAAGAGGCACUGAAACCAUCUGGGGUGCGCAAGGUGAAAUACGUCAAUCGGAUUGAUGGUGAUAGACUAAAAUCCAUGAUGAAACAAGCGAUGUGGGACCCUCCAACUUGCUCGUGA